AUGUCCCAACGUCAAAGCCUUCCCAGACUCCAGGUGAUGACAAAUCUCGACUCUUCCUCCUCUCAACCUCAAGACCACCUCAUCCAAGCCAUCGCGUCAACCCUCUCCAUCCCCCUCGACGACAUCCUUCUAUUCGACUCCUUCUCCGAACUAGGCGGCGACCAGGACUCAGCUCAACAAGUCUGUCUCGCCUGUCGAAGCAAGGGUUUGGACGUGAGCGGUAAAGACAUCCUAGACUGUCCUACUCUAGCCGAGCUACAGACGCGCAUCACGCCGCGUGGGCUAAGUUUGUCGUCCUGCAGCAGCAACAGCGACGACUCUUCGGGAGGCACAUACUAUUCAUCCUAUUCCAGCGAUGAGCCGUCGACGCAGGGAGAAAGUGGUAGGGCUGCAGGGGACGACGGCGCUGUGGAGUCUAAUUUGUCGAGCUUACGGCUGUCAUUUCCCACCGUCAGCGCUGAGUCUAAUAAGUUUACAGGCCUGGGGCUAGCCUGUUGCUGCAUGGUUGUUACCCCCAGGGCAGGCCCAUUUGACGGUCAAUCAGUAGCUCUUAUUAGGAUCGACUCGGUCUCUGGAUUUUCGCCCAUCACCAACAACAACAACUUAUCACCAGCCGAGUCCCAUCUCGCAAAGUCGCAGAUUUCUCUAUUGCGCAUGGAACACGGCCCCCAGAUCUGGAUCCCAAUUGACCAGAGUCCCAACGACAAGAGGGCGCUGCAAACAUGGGUGCAGAAUAUGGAUUCGCUUACUUACAAGGAGGUCAUGAAGCUUCAGAUUCCCGCCCGCCGCAGCCGUGUCGUCACGAGAAAGAGAAGCACGCUUUCACCGAUGGAUAUCAAUGAGUUGGAAGGCUUUUGUCUCUCUCCCAUGCAGCAGCUUUAUUUUCAGGGCAACAACGACUCCAUUGAGGGAACAUGGACCAAGAGUGCCAUCCUCAAUGUCCAAGGCGGUGCGGAGCCAGCGGAUGUGGAUGCUGCUAUUGAUGCUGUCGUGGCAAGACAUUCUAUGCUCAGGGUCAGGUUCAGACAAACUGAAGGAAGAUGGGAGCAGUGUAUUUAUCCCACUGCCCCGAGUUCGUAUCAUCUCACGCACCAUGUCGAUAUCGCUGAGGAUGAGAUACGCGACUUGGUUGACGACAUGCAAGCGAGCAUCAACCCUACCAACGGACCUGCUUUUGCGGCAAUGUACGUGCAUAACCAGGAGAGACAAAUGUUGUACCUCGCAGCACACCAAUUAGCCCUGGACGAUGCAUCGUGGAAGAUUGUGUUGAGCGAUUUGGACGAACUACUUCAAAAAGGCACCCUUUUGUCCGGAGGAUCGGCAUCGUUUAAGUAUUGGACAAAAUGUCAAAGCCGACAGAUGGCGCAGAGAUUAUUCGAGCCAACACUACCCUUUGAAGUGUACUCCGCCAAUUUGGAGUACUGGGCUCUCACGCAAGAAUCCAACACAUUUGGAAACUCAUCACGCCUGUCGUUCAACCUCUCCCCCGAGCAAGCGUAUUCACUGGAACAAUCGUCCGCCCAGGUUUUGAGAACAGAUGUAUCGGAUAUCUUCCUGGCCGCCCUGCUACUAUCUUUCUGUCAAGUAUUCCCAGAGAGAAAUCUUCCGACAUUGUGGAAACGAGAGGACGGACGAGAUGGCGCGGAGAGUGAGUUCAACAUUUUGGAAACCGUCGGAUGGUUCGCUUCACUAUGCCCUAUUGGCGUUUCCAUCGAUUCGGAAACGGAUUUGAUUCAGGCUAUUAUUUUGCUCAAGGACACGCGCCGGGCUAUCCCAAGAUUUGGUGUUCCAUUUUUUACAUCUGAAUUCGCGACUAGUCAAGGCGCAUCUGCGAACGUCCCCCUCGAGAUUGUCUUCAAGUUGAACGAUACAGCGAAGCAGCUCCAGCGCCAGAAUGGUUUGUUUGAACCAGUUGCAGCCCAAAACGAAACAGCUGGUCUCAAGAGCACCACAGGACCUAAUAUUGGACGGAUUGCUUUAUUCGAAAUUUCAGCAGCGUUGGAUACAUCUGGAGCUCAAAUCGACAUUGUGUACAACAAUACUUGCAGACACCAGGACAAGAUCCAGACUUGGAUUCGGACCUUUCAACACCACGUCUUCGACGCCAUCACAAGACUACAUACUCACGAACCGCACCUCACACUCUCCGACAUUCCCCUCCUUCAAACGAGUUAUCAGUCCCUCGGCCGCCUCUGUUCAGACCGCCGCGUCAACGUCAAGGAUAUCGAGACAAUAUACCCCGUGACACCAGCCCAGCAAGAAAUCCUCAUCGCACAAGCCCAAAACACAGGAUCGUACCACUGCCACGCCGUUUACGAGAUGGCUGCUCUUCAACUCCCUUUUGAUGUCACACGGUUAUGUGAAGCGUGGGAAGUCAUCGUGUCCAACACACCGGCUUUGAGGAGUAUUUUCAUCGACGCUGUUUCACGAGAGGGUCUAUUUGAUCAAGCUGUUCUCAGGAAGAUAUCACCGAGUAUCUUGUUCAUCGAAACGACAGACCCAGAUGAUGCUGUGAUAACGUUGCCGGCGAUGAAUACCUCAUUUGGAGAACCAAGACAUCGUUUGGCAGUGUGUUAUAACCCUAUGAAGAUGAUUAUGAGACUUGACGCAAGUCAAGCAAUCUGCGACUUGCCAAGUCUUCAUCUCUUAAUAGCAGAACUCACACGCGUUUUCUCCUCGCAAAACCCUCAAGACAACUCCUCUCUGCACAACACAUAUCUUCACCACAUUUCCUCCGUCGACACAGCCUACAGUCUUGAAGUUUGGAAAAUAAGCCUCUCAAACGCAAAGCCAUGCAUCUUCCCUUCCUUAUCAUCAGCUGGGAACAGUACCUCCCACACGUGUCCCUUUGGCUUUGACAUCUCGCGAACUCAGAUCGAGUUCUUCUGCCAGCAGAACAACAUUGCUGCAGACGCUAUAUUCCAGCUUGCAUGGGCUCUUGUCCUGCGCGCAUUCGUAGGUACGCAGGAAGUUACGUUCGGAUACCAGUUCAACGCGCGCGAUGAAGACCUCCUUUGUGGAAUUACGUCUCUGGUGGGAAGUUUCGCCACGCUUUUACCAUGCUUUGUGGAUCUUUCUGCUUCACAAUCUUUGGGAGAAUGUCUUGUUUCUAUUAGCGAGACUUUUUCGAAUGCACAGAGGCACGAUAAUAUCACUUUGACGGAAAUACAGCACGCACUUGGGCUAAAGGAGAAGACACUCUUCAACACGUGUCUUUACUUUGAGACUCCAGAAGAGCUCAACACAGGUGAUGAAUUGACAGCUGUGCUGGUUACUUCUGGUCGCAAGACGGAUUGCGAUGUUAGUCUUACGCUGAUGUUUGUCGAUGAGUACCUUCGCGGGGACUUGACAUCGCCAUGCCUCUCUGCAUCACAGGUUCAAAGUGUCAUGAGUAGCUUUCACGCAGCUCUAUCCCACAUUCUCGAAAGCCCUGAUAAAGCUAUCGUUGAGGCAGAUCUUCUCACAGAUAAGGACUAUGCUUCUCUCGUCGUGCAAGACUGGGAAUUUGUUCAGCAGUCGCAAAAGGUCUCUGCUUGUUUACACGAUGUUAUUCUUCAACACAGUCUUACCAGACCUAAUGCUCCGGCUGUGUGCUCUUGGGACGGUGAUAUUACAUAUGUCCAACUCGCGACUCUUGUGCAGCGACUCAAGACAUAUCUCGUCAAUCUCGGUGUUGGACCUGGAACUGUUGUCCCUGUUGUUUUGGAGAAGAAUCACUGGGCACCUGUUAUUAUCCUCGCCGUUCUUCAAGCAGGCGCCAGUUUUGCACCACUUGAUUGUCAAGACCCUGCGACUGCAAAGUCAACAAUCGAUUACCUCAACCCGCACGUCGUUCUCGCUACAGAGACUGCAUGGAAGGAUCUUAGUACCCUGGCUAUUAACCUGGUUAUCAUCAACGAUACAUUCUUCGCCAUGCUCACACCUUAUGUGUCAGCCAUCGGCAAGGACGCUACUCCCGACCACGCAGCAUGCAUUUUUGUCACGCCCAAGAAGUCAAGGAGUAUCUUUUUCACCCACGCUUCUCUCCUAUCUACUUUCAUCGCCCAAGCCGAGCCCUUCAAACUCAACAGCGAAAGCCGCGUUCUGCAGCUCUCAGCAUUCAACGUUGAUAUCUCGCUUGUGGAAAUCCUCGGCACGCUCGUCCACGGCGGAUGUGUCUGCGUUCCUCACCCUCACGACAGAGCACACGAUGUAGCCGGUGCCAUGGCACGCAUGGACGUUACAUGGUCAUAUAUGACAAGUCUUCUCGCGCGAAAGAUCAACCCUGACGCGGUGCCCAGUCUAAGAACGCUGUGCUUUCGCACGAGAAGGCUUGAUCCCGAUACAUAUAUGCCCUGGCUGGAAGACCAUGAUGUUUUAGUCGCGUACGGCGCACCAGAUAUUUGUCCCUUGGGUAUUUCUGUAACCGCUGUCACAAAGCACAGCAAUCUUAAUGUCAUCUCACCACCAGUGACAGGCAGGUUCUGGGUCUUGAAUCCCGACAAUCCCAAGAAACUCAUGCCUGUCGGUGCAAUCGGCGAGUUAGCCAUCGACAGUCCUCUCGCCACACCUCAUCGCUUCGCCUUGGACAAACCCCUCCAAGCACCAGAAACAUAUCAGUCUACAGACGAAAAGCCGCGUGCGCGAUAUCUAAAAACAGGCCAUCGCGUACGCUACCUCGACGACGGAACAGUUCAGUUCAUUUCCAGCGUCCGCGAUGAGGUUAAAGUCGGCGGCUCAAACGUCGAUGUCGCUCAAGUCGAGCAAAUCAUGCGUCGCUGUCUCGGCACAGGUAUCGACGUGGUAGUAGACUCGAUAACCACACGCGACUCAGGGCCUUUACUAGCUGCCUUUCUAGAAUUUGGACCUCACGUAUUCCAACCGAACGAAACCCUUCGUGAUCUCAGUCCUGAAACGAGAGAAAAGACGUAUAUCGCCAAGAAAAUGUUUGAAACUGCUCUUGAGAGUUCAGCUGCCCGGGACCGUCUUCCAAGACACUGCAUACCCUCCGUCUUUAUCCCCGUCCAGUCCUUCCCCAUGUCUACCUCUCUCAAAGUCAAUCGGAGAAAACUACAGCGUAUGGUAUCCGAUAUCUCAACACACGACGUGUUACACAUGUCCCGCGUUCCCAACCCAGGCGAGAUCCAACGCAUCAUCAUCUCGCAGAAGCCUCUCCCCAUCACAGGUCCCGAGGAAACCAUGCGCGAACACUGGGCCAGCGUCAUUGGCGUUUCCGUCUCUGCCAUCAAAGGCUCCAGCAGCUUUUUUUCCGUAGGCGGAAACAAGUAUCUUGCUGCUCAGUUGGUUGUUGCGUGUCGCAAAGCCGGUCUUUACGUUUCAUUGACGGAUCUUCUCGGCGAGGCAAGUCUUACAGAGAUAUGUCGCUCGUCAGAGUCGUCUACUCGCAAACAACCAAAGAUCAAGACCCUUGCUGCGAAGAAACUAGAUAUGAGAUUCGUCAAAGAUGUCAUCGCGCCGCAACUUCACUGUUCAAGCCCAGACGUUCUCGACUUUGCAGAAGCUUCCGCACAACAAGUCCAAGCUCUAGAGCUGGGUAUGUUCAGAACCCGCGCCGACAUAGUCUGCCUCGCGCUGCGCUUCAACGGCCACGUCGACCCAUCUCGUCUCGAAACAGCGUGUAGAUCUCUUGCAAAGAUGCACGCCAUCCUCAACGUAGCGUUUGUAACGCACGAGCACCGCAUGUAUCAAGUCCACUGCGCUUCUUCCACACCUCCCUUUAUGACAAUCUCAUGCCCCCCUGCUGCUCUCGACGACGCAACGCAGAAUAUCGUCAGAGAGAACCAGAAUUUGUCUUUUGAUCCUGCAGUACCUGUUACAAAGUUUACUUUCUUGAAUGGUGAUACUCAGGGCUCGUUGAUAAUUCGUCUAAGCAAGACGCAAAUCGACGAUGUCGCUGCACAUCUUCUCAUCCACGACCUCGCAUCACUCUACGACGGAGAUUCAACACAGGAUAUUCCUCGCUCUUCAUAUCUAGACUACACACGCGCUUCGAGGGUAUCUUACCAACAAGGUCUCGAAUACUGGAACUGCCAACUAGACAACGCAAAGAUGACAAAGAUCAUCGCAUCCACCCGUCCCGUCCCUCCAGCAUCAGUAUCCGAAAUUCGGACACUCAAGCAGACAACUUCUCUAGGCCAUCUCGCCCCCUACGGAAUGACCCCCGACGCAGCUCUCAAAGCAGCAUGGGCCAUCGUCCUCUCCACCAUCUCCAGCACCCACGAUGUUCUCUUCGGCGAAGCAAUCCAAUCCUCAUCUCCGAGCCCGGACAUCAUAGGUCCCAUGUCAAACAUCCUCCCCGUCCGCGUUCAAUUUCCUCCAAGUCACAGCACGCCCCUCGACUUGAUGAACUGCAUUCAACUUCAGCGCCAAUCGCACGCGCGCCACGAAGCGUUCGGUAUUCAGGAACUCGUCAGCAAAUGCACACCCUGGCGCUCCUGCACAAGAUUCAGCACCAUUGUACAAAACUACGUCCCGGGUUUACUAGACGGGUCUUCAACAAUGAACGUCCACGGCGCAACGUUUACAUACCGCAUGAUUGAAGCGUGGACAAAGGACUUUCCAGAUCUUUUCGUCAGAUCAACCGUCGAAGCCAACGACGUCGUAACCCUCGAGAUCAAAUACUCUGAAGAACGCCUUUCACACUCUUUCGUGCAAUCAUGUCUGAGUCUUCUCGUCGCAGCUUGGGAAACGCUCACACAUCCUGAUAUGAUCCAUCAACCUAUGAUACACUCAUCCGACGAAAUCGCCCGUUCAGAGCGCAAGAUUCCCUUCCCCGCGCGCCACUCCCCUCCAGUCGAAUCCAACAUCGACAGCGCGCAACGAAAACAACUCCAGGAAUCGAUUGUUUCGGUAUGGACAAAAGUGAUUAACCCAUCACCGUCCAUCCCAAAGAACAAACUCCCCAGCACCCCCUUCUACAGCAUCUCGCAAACCAUCCUCCCCGCACACACUCUCGCUUCAGAGCUCAACAGCACACUCUCUCUAUCUCUCACAGCAGAGGACAUCCUCGCUCAUCCAAGCAUGAACGCCCAACUAGAUCUCAUAGCAGGCACACUCCCACCCAAACACACCCCCAGCAUCUUAUCCACACUCAAACCCAAACCCGCUCAAGACCGCUCUUUACGCGCCAGUCUCCGCAGCUUCAAGAACCGAAACAGCGUUCUAAGCCUACGAACGAACUGGAUAAAGACCAAGCGCGCGCCAUCAGAGAUAUCAGAUGAAACAACAGCGCCGGCUACAAUCAUGGAAGAAGUUCCCACCAUUGUGAUACCCGAGAUAGGAUCGUCGGAUACGCCUGUGAGCAUAAACAACCAUUUAGUUGAACUGGAUGCCGGACCUGUAACGCAUCUGCUAAGUCCGGUCCAGAGCGAUGAUCGGAGAAGUAGUGGUGGUUCGUCGCGGAUGAUUAUUGACGAAGUGAGUUAUACGCCUUCGCCGAGGAUGUCGACUUGGGGAAGUAGAUUUGAACUACCAAGGAGAGGAACAUCACCCAUGACUCGCAGAUGA